AAUCAAUAAGUUAUGUCUUUCCCCCCCCCCCUCUCUAAAAUGAACAAAUGUAUAAGCGAAUCUAUAGCGGUACAGAGUUCAACAACCAGCUUGGAAAUGAGCUACCCAAGUUCUCGUAUGCACUACAUCGAACGACCGUUAGUUCCACCGGACAAUAUAAUCGUGGGAAAACAUGAACACUGGUAAAAGUGAUAACAACCCGAAUACUGAAUAGUCUCCCAUACCAGCUACCUACCUACGUGUUAUUAACAUUGGUGUUAUUUAUUUUUCAUAAAAACUGAAAUCACGGCUGUUGUUAGUAAUUAGUCAUUUUGUAAUCACAAAGAAAUAUUUGUACGUGCCCGUAAUCGUAGAAUUUCCUGACAGUAGUCAACGAUAACAGAUAAACUGACUAAUUUACAAUUUAUUAUUUAAUAAAUCCAAUUUUUAUAAUACGAAUAUACUUGGUAGGGCGUCCUCGGUCUCCAGUAGGGAGAUUAGUAAAAAUAUUUACAUUUUAUUGUCUUGGAUCGGACGAAAAAAUUGUACUUUAAAUUGUUUAAAACAUACUUAUAUUAAAAAUUAACAUCCAAAGUAUUAUUUUGAGUUUUGCGUCAACAUUUCUGCUUAUAAAUCGUGAAGACAAAAGAAAACCUGCAACUCUUUUGCAAUAAUAAAAAAUACGUAGUACAAAUAUCCAAAGGUAUUAUUUCAGAAGUAUUUGGGUAAUGGAUGCAUGUUUAGCAGUUGACCGAGAGGUUGACAAAGUUUUAUCAAAAUUUGGACAAAUACGUGAAAAUGUCGACAAUGUAUUACAGCAGCUUAUCGACAGUCUUGAGAAUAUCAAAUGUGAUUUACUUUCUAAAAAAUCUGAAGAUGCUCUAGAAUCUAACAAAACAUCAGUUGUGCUUGUAAAAGGAUUUCUCGACAAAUGCAAGAAAGACACGCACAAAUUAGCAACAGAACACAGGGAGUUGCAUAGUACUGUAUCAAAAGUGGGCAAAGCAAUCGACAGGAAUUUUAUAUCGGAUUUCGCUGCAACUAGCAGAGAAGACAUUUUUUCGGGACCGACAAAAACUGACUUAGUUAACCGAAUAAUAUGUCAGCAUUUUUAUAGACAAGGCAUGUGGGAUAUUGCCGAUGAGCUAUCAGAGGAAUCCGGUAUAGAAGUCGAAUGUGGUCAAAGAGAACCGUUUGCCAAGUUAAAUACCAUUGUAGAAUCUCUUAAAAAAAAAGAUAUUUGUCCGGCUUUAGAGUGGGCAAGAGAAAAUCGUUCGCAAUUAGAAAUUCAGAUGUAUCCUCCAUACCCCUUGGUUAGGAGGUUCUCGUCUGCUUCUCGUAUGCCUAUUCGGAUCCCUUUACACGCAAAACGGAACAAGUUUACUGGUGGCUUAAUGAAACCGAGACCGAAGACGAAAAAGAUCAAGAGAAUCGAAUUGGCGAGAAAAAUAUUACAACAGUUUUAUAAGAGUUCUUCUCUCGAGUUCAAGCUACACCGAUUGGCAUUUCUGACAUUAAUCCAAAAGGGAGUUGAACAUCAAACAAAAGCUGUUGCAUAUGCUCGAGCAAAUUUCGGACAAUUUGUUGAAAAACAUGAAAAAGAAGUACAAACUUUGAUGGGAAUGCUUUUGUACGUACCUCAAGGAAUUGAAGAAUCACCAUAUUCCUACAUGGUUGAAACAAAUAUGUGGACCGAAGUAAAUGAAUUGUUUACCAGAGAUGCUUGUAUGAUGCUUGGCUUAAGUGUUGAAAGUUUACUUAACGUUAGUAUCAAUGCUGGAUGCAUGGCUCUACCGGCUCUUUUAAAUAUUAAACAAGUCAUGCAACAACGGCAAGUAACUGGUAUUUGGAGUGGCAAAGACGAAUUACCCAUUGAAAUUGAUUUAGACCCUGAGCAUAGAUACCAUUCAAUGUUUGCUUGCCCUAUUCUUAGACAGCAGAGUUCAGAUACUAAUCCACCAAUGAGGCUCAUCUGUGGCCAUGUCAUAUCUAAGGACGCCUUACAUAAAUUGGGGAAUUCCAACAAAUUAAAAUGUCCUUAUUGUCCAAUGGAGCAAAAUCCAUCCGAAGCUAAAUUGAUAUGCUUUUAACAAAUAAUGACAGUUUGGACUUUACAUAGUGAUUUAAUUUAUAUAAAUAUUGUUUUUCUAAUUAAAAAACUAUAAAUAUAAAUAUAUUUAUUUUAACUAGUUGUAUUGUAUAGCAGAACAGGAAAAUGUGAAUAUUUUAAAAUUUAACCACUAGACUUAACUAUUAUUUUUAUUGCUUGAAAUUAUUUUGUACAGUAAACCGAUUGGGUUAUAAA